AUGAGGAUGAUGAUGCGAAGAAUUUUUUUUUCUUUCUCGAUGAUGAUCUCGUGCGUUUUUUUGUUGUUCUUCGCCUCGGGAACACAAACGGUGAAUGUGGUUGCAGAGACGACGGUGAGUUCGAGACGGGAGAGAUUACAAGAGGAAGCGGAAUUAGUGGCGAGAUUAGCAAGGAUUUUGGUCGAGGAAGAGCGAGCGUUGGAGAAGGAAGAGGAAGGCUUUGAAAAAGUGGCGAUGCCGAGAGAGGAGGAGGAGUUUGAGAAGAAGACGAAAACUUUCGCGGUGUUGGAGGAGGAAAAGGAAGAACGGACGCUUCCACCACCACCGACGACGAAAAAUCCGGACGCGAAGUUCUUAUACGACCUCUCGAAAGCGUUCGUUCGAACGGCGAGGCAACAGUUUCCGAAAGAAAUCGCCGAGUCGGACGAUUACGCCAUGCAGGCGAGGUAUCAAGCGUCUCGAUGCGCUCGAUCGGCGGACGCCACGUUGUCGUUGGAUUGGUUUUUCCAGUUUAUGGAGGAAUUAAUCGAAAAGGAAGAGGUAGAAAAGGGCGGUGGCGGGAAUCAUUACAAUUCGCGAAUGUAUAAAGGAGGAGGUAAUACGUAUCGUCCGGAGAUGUACGCCACGAGCACCGCAAACGGAGAAGAAAGCGCGUUGAUGCCCGUCGAAGACUUAUUUUUACUCCGCGCUCGCUCGUAUUACUAUUCGAAUCAAGUGCAAGCGCACGAAUCGCGUGCCGCGUUGUCGCCAUUUUGCGGCUCGCUGGUCGGAUUCUCCGUCGCGUCGGCGAUUUGGAUGUUCAGUUUCUUCCCGUUCGUUCUCAUAUCGACGACGGCGGUAUCCGCGUCCUUCGUGAGCAUUUUGGCCGCAUCUGCUUCGAAAAAGUGUUCCGCGUCCAACUGCUUAUAUCCACGUAAAUGCUGCGAUUUAACGUUGAAUAAUAAAGGUUACGAAACGUGCGCGUACCAUUUCUCCAUCUGUCCUGAUUAUUGCGGUCACGAGGGCGACGACGACGGUAAACGAUGCGACGGCGGACCUCCGCACCCACAAAAUUUCCGCGCCGUGAGUCCUCAAUUCGUCGAAUCCUACGAACGCUUCUGUUGCGAUGGUAUCUGCUGCCCAACCGGUUUCGUCUGUUGCGACAAAGAAGACGCGGUUGGAAAACUCGGUCCUAAAUGUGAAAAAGUAGAGAUGUGUGUGGACUCUAAAACGAAUAAAACAAAUUUGGCGCCAGGACGGUUGCGAAAGAUUCCUCAGCUUUAA